GGUGGGGCUCCGGGGAUGGCUGUGCCCCCUUCGGCUCCUCCGCCGCCGUGCUCGCCCUUUUACCUGCGGAGGCAGGCGCCCUGCCCGCAGUGCUCAUGGGGCAUGGAGGAGCGGGCGGCGGCCAGCGCCGGCGGCCGGGAGCCGCCGGGCCCCCCGAGGGCCGCCGCCGCCGUCCCGUGCUUCGGCGUGUCCGUGGACCCGGACGACAUCCUGCCCGGCGCCCUGCGCCUCAUCCAGGAGCUGCGGCCGCACUGGAAGCCCGAGCAAGUUCGCACCAAGCGUUUCACAGAUGGCAUCACCAACAAGCUGGUGGCCUGCUAUGUGGAGGAAGACAUGCGGGACUGCGUGCUGGUCCGGGUCUAUGGGGAGCGGACGGAGCUGCUGGUGGACCGAGAGAAUGAGGUCAGGAAUUUCCAGCUUCUGCGAGCACAUGGUUGCGCCCCCAAACUCUACUGCACCUUUCAGAAUGGGCUGUGCUACGAGUACAUGCAGGGCGUGGCCCUGGGGCCCGAGCACAUCCGAGAACCCCGGCUCUUCAGGUUAAUCGCCUUAGAAAUGGCCAAGAUUCACACCAUCCACGCCAAUGGCAGCCUGCCCAGGCCCACCCUGUGGCACAAGAUGCACAAUUACUUCACGCUGGUCAAGAGUGAGAUCAACCCCAGCCUUUCCACAGAUGUCCCUCAGGUGGAGGUGCUGGAGCAGGAGCUGGCCUGGCUGAAGGAGCACCUGUCGCAGCUGGAGUCCCCCGUGGUGUUCUGCCACAAUGACCUGCUCUGCAAGAACAUCAUCUACGAUAGCACCAAAGGUCACGUGAGGUUCAUUGACUAUGAAUAUGCUGGCUACAACUACCAGGCCUUUGACAUUGGCAACCACUUCAAUGAGUUUGCAGGUGUGAACGAGGUCGAUUACUGCCAGUACCCCGGGCGGGAGACCCAGCUGCAGUGGCUGAGCUACUACCUGCAGGCACAGAAGGGGGUGGCCGCGACCUCCAGGGACGUGGAGAGGCUCUACGUGCAGGUCAACAAGUUCGCCCUGGCAUCUCACUUCCUCUGGGCUCUCUGGGCACUCAUCCAAAACCAGUACUCCACCAUCAACUUCGAUUUCCUCAGGUACGCUGGGAUCCGAUUCAACCAGUACUUCAAGGUGAAGCCUCACGUGUCGGCCUUGGAGCUGCCCAAGUGACCGGCCGCCCCGCCCCGCGCCCGCCCGCUGCCUGGCCGAGACCGGGCCUCGGGGGCUCACCCGUGUGUGCCCUGGGGUCUGCGGCCUUGGGCCAGGCGGGGCCGGGU